AUGGCUGCACUGAUUGCGGUUGGUAUCGGACUCGGUGCUGAGAAGUUGGGACGUAAGAUCUCUGAGAAAAGAUUGGAGAAGAAGGAGAAGAAAAGUGCUGCGGAACGCGAGGCCAUCUAUGGUACCGCAGAGUCUUCGACAGCGGGUGCAGUCCAGAAUAGGCGCGAAAGUAGGAGCGAGAGAAAGUCUAGGAAGAGUGAAGAAGCACGGCAUGAGCAAGAGCAAGUCAGUCGAAGGAGAAGUGUGAGUGAAGAAAGAGUUAGCGACGAAGAACCUCCGCCGCGGUAUGAGGAUGUUGUACGACAGGACGCCAGACGAGUCUAG